GAAGGAUCCGAGUACCAAAAAAAGCAACCGCCACUGACUUCCUUGCUUUGCCAACCGGCUACAAGAAAGACCUAAAAUCACCACCAUAGAGCUCCAGAGCAACACCAACAGUUUCCAAACUCAAGAUAGAGGCGCUAACAAAUCCAAAAGGAGGAGUCUUCACCUCAAGCUGGCCAAUUUGCCGCGGGAAGUCGUGAAUGGCUUGAGUGUCAUUUGAUCCACGCAGAAGAAAUUUUCAAUUCUAAACCGAACAAAAGCAACGAACAUGGCCUCGCUGCCGUACGCCGACGUCGAUUUCAACCUCCGAGCAAUGGCCGGCAGAGCCGAGGGAUUCGGCCGUUUUGCUACCGGUGGCCUCCACGGUCCGCUCUAUUCCGUCACCACUUUGGCCGAUGAUGGUCCUGGAUCACUUCGUGAGGGAUGCAGGAGAAGAGAACCACUAUGGAUAGUUUUUGAGGUUUCGGGCACCAUUCAUCUUUCAUCGUACUUGAAUGUGUCAUCUUAUAAGACAAUAGAUGGCAGGGGCCAAAGGGUAAAGUUAACUGGCAAGGGCUUAAGACUGAAAGAAUGUGAACAUAUAAUCAUCUGUAAUCUUGAGUUUGAAGGUGGGAGGGGACAUGAUGUUGAUGGCAUUCAAAUAAAGCCGAAUUCUAGGCACAUUUGGAUAGAUCGAUGCAGCCUUCGUGAUUAUGAUGAUGGACUUAUUGAUAUCACCAGACAAAGCACGGAUAUCACUGUUUCUAGAUGUUACUUUGCACAGCAUGACAAAACAAUGCUUAUUGGAGCAGACCCCUCCCAUGUGGGUGAUAGAUGCAUCCGAGUGACUAUUCACCAUUGUUUCUUUGAUGGAACACGGCAAAGGCAACCUCGGCUUAGAUUUGGGAAAGUUCAUUUGUAUAACAAUUAUACAAGGAAUUGGGGAAUCUAUGCUGUUUGUGCAAGUGUGGAAUCCCAGAUAUUUUCUCAAUGCAAUAUAUAUGAAGCAGGACAGAAGAAAAAGACCUUUGAAUAUUAUACAGAGAAGGCAGCAGACAAGGAAGAGGCCAAGUCUGGCUUAAUAAGAUCCGAAGGAGAUGUAUUCCUUAAUGGAGCUCAAGCAUGCUUAUUAACGAAUGUUGGUGAAGAAUGUGUGUUUCAUCCAAGUGAGUAUUAUCCAACAUGGACACUGGAAGCUCCAUCAGAUUCCCUGAAAGAAAUUGUCCAAAUCUGUUCAGGCUGGCAAUCUAUUUCUCGACCAGAAGAGAUAUUAGUAUAGUUGUGUUGUACAUUGACUUGAUUAAUCAUUUGGAUACGUAGAAUAACUCAAUAAUUUAUAUAAGCUCAUGUUAAAGUGAA